AUGACAAAGUCAGAUGACAAACCCGAAUACAGUUCUUCUGCCAAAUCUCUCCACCCCGCCUAUUCGGUUUCAAACAUUCAGACCAAGAUCCGCACGUUAGACGGGUCUAAAGUCACAUACUCCUCUUGGGUGAAACUCUUUAGGUUUCACGCCAUCGCCUACAAAGUCUUGGAUCAUCUCGUUGAUACACCUGCCCCAACCAACACAGAUCCCUCCUAUGAAUCUUGGAAGGAGUUAGAUGCCCUUGUUUCUCAAUGGAUCUACAGUACUAUUUCUGACGAUCUUCUUGUUCGAGUUCUUGACACUGAAGCAUCUGCACGUACCACCUGGCUCAAACUCGAAAAGAUUUUCUUAAGCAACAAGCAAGCCAAAGCCGCAGCCCUGGAAACCCGAUUUGUCAAUCUCACACUUGCUGCCUGUAAUUCGGUGGAAGAUUAUUGUCAACAACUCAAAGAUUUGGCCAACCAGCUAGUUGAUAUUGGCCAAACCGGUUCCCAAGAAGCGUCUUCAUGGUUGAUCAACUCCCAGGAUGCCGAUUGGGAUCUGGCCCUUACCAUGCUUACCGACGAGGUGAUACGUCUUGAAGGCCGGAAACAACAAUCCUCAUCAGUUCUUGUCACUCCCGCAGCUCCUGCCCCUACUCUGAUCCAACAGCAGUCCGCUCCGAACAGUAGCAAUACCUCUCAACAGCCACAGUCUCAAUACCGUGGCAGAGGACGUGGACGUGGGAACCGAAACUCUCAAUCUAAUUGGGCAUUUCAGAAUAACUCUUACCCCCAAUGGGCUUGGUGGAACACUCCACCUUGCCCUUACCCUACACAAACCACAUGGAAACCUAAUCAACCACCACAAUACCCGUCCACGAUCCCAUCGGCUAACUAUGCAGGCUUCCCUCCUCCGGGUCACUNCACAGAGAAAAACAUAUACCACAGAAACUUUUAUGGUAUCAGAGCGAUCUCUUCACCCAUCUUCAACUCGUCUUUUGUAAUCUGA